AACGUUUCCUUGGAGAAUGUUGAUGUUCGUGCUACCGCCUUUGAUGAAUUUUCGAUGCCUGUACGGGUUGUCCAGGGCCACAUCCGUGUCGUUUAUGAUGAGGGUAAGGAACGACAAUACAGGCGCCAACUGAAACAAAAGACGCUGGAAGCAUUUGAGGAGCUUAAGAAGGAGAAACUAUCAGAAAAAACGGAUGACCAGGAUUCCUUUCUGGAAAAAUUGGCUGCUCAAGUAAUUAAGAAUGUGCAAGUCAAGAUUACAAAUAUUCACAUCCGAUAUGAAGAUCAAACGACCAUACCUAGCAUUCGUUUUUCUGCUGGAUUAACGUUGAGUCGACUCGCCUUUCAGUACUACGAGGAUGAACUAGAUGUUAUGAAUCUUGUCAUGGCGCGGCAGCAUGCAGAAAUUCGGGCCGCGAAGCGCAAGGCCAGUAAAGCGGAUAGCAGUCGUUUUGGUGGUGGGUGGUUCUCCUGGCUCACGGGCUCCAGUGGCACGACAGGUGUUCCCACCGGAGGGGAUGAUCCUCAGCUGCUUCAGCGCGUGAAGUCGGAAAUGACUGCUGAGGAGAAGCAAAAGCUGUACACAGCCCUGAACUACUCUGAAGGGAUGUCUCGAAGCAGCUAUCCCGCAGAUUACGUCUCCACACAGGUCAACUUUUCACUCGGUGGCCUCACCCUCGCGCUGGCAAAUAAUGAACUUAACUUCUCGGUGCGUCUUGUGGGCUUCGAGGCUGUGGGUACAAGGAACACCUCUACAGGUAUUGUUCCGGUUCUCAUUUCAAGCACGGCUGCGGGAGAAUCGUUGCUUUCUGUGGACUUCUCGAAAAAUCCCAUCGACCGUUCUGCCGACCAGCGCCUCCUGAUUUCGGCCGCUCCACUCGAGGUCAUCUAUGACGCAGACACGAUCAAUAAAGUUGCCGACUUCUUUAAAUUACCCGCCGAUCUUCGACUGGAUGAAAUAUCUUCGACCGUGGUACCGUCUCUUGACGAAAUGAAGGCUAUGACGACCACUGGACUGCGCCACCUCGUCAGCCAGAGAACGUAUCUUGAUGUCGUAAUCGACAUUCAACCAAGCUACUUCAUUCUUCCAGAUCUCGGGGUGUACAAGGAAGGCUGCCGCCUCAUUUUGGUAGACUUUGGCAGUGUAAGUAUUCGAUCAACAAGGGCCCAGCUGGACCUCCCUAGAACCGAUGAGGUGAAUGUCACCAAUCAGGAAGCUCCAAGUGCCAGUUCAGAAGACAAAGCAUCCAUCACCUUCGCCUUGGCUCCUGUCGUUGGCCGAGCCCAGUCGGACGAGCGUUAUAAACAACUGAUGCAGGCCAACCAUGCCAAAUUGUUGUCCGAAGCCUACGAUCAGUUUAAUGUCACCUUAUCUGCCACUCAGGUCAUUGUGGUGGAGAAAGGUGAGAAUUGGAGAACGAUGCGUUCUCAAACCAGCACCACAAGUCACGUUCUCAAGCCCCUGGGCAUAAACUUCGUAUUGCGUCGCUGCACCGUACCUCGCGAAUUCAACCUACCUCAGUUCCAAGUGGAUGGCCGCCUUCCUCUUCUUGGCAUCGACUUGACGGACCACGUGUUGGAGUCUCUCUUGGACAUUGUUGCUCAUAUUCCAUUACCCGAAGCAGACUCUUCUCAACGGAUUCCGGUUGACCGAAACGAUCUUCUCAAAGAUGCCACAUUCUUUGAUGCCAAGUCGGAAGAUCUAUUGCCAAGUCAGUUGCAAACAAUGCAUACUUUGCGAAUUGCUGGGGCUGUCCCCCGUCCGCUUUCUCCUGAACCCGACCCAACGGAGGACGAGAACGAUGUCUUUUUUGACUCUCGUGAGAACGCCGAUCCUUCCGAUAUUCAGAAACCAACGCUCAAGCCUUUGGCAAAUCUUGUGACGAUUAACGCUACCUUCUUAAUCGAGGAAGUGCGCGUUCGCGUGUUUGAGAGGCUAGGCUCUGUGGACUCUUCUGAUAACUUGACCCCACUGUUAAUGUUUACCAUCAAUGAGAUCGGAGCCAACUUUACUCUGCGCAGAUGGGAUCAGGAAAUUAAGGCCCACGUGAACCGUCUGCGUGUGAUUUCUCCGCGUUUUCAGGAAAAUCAGAGCUCUGGUGCUGUUUGUCUUGUGGAAACUCUCUCGACCUCAGCUACGGAACCGAUUAGCUCUACGGCGACCCAGGAGGGUGGUCAUCUCUUCACAUCGAGUCUCCUCAUUGCUGACAAGACGUGUCCUGAUUUCGCCACCAAAUAUGAAAACGUCCGUCAUAGUCUUGUCUGUGAAUUUAGAGUGUUAAAGGUGCGACUGCACAAAGAUGCUCUCCUGUCUCUCAUGACCUUCUUCACUAACCUGGCAACAGUCCUCUCCAAGCACUCGGUGCAAGAGCCCUCAGAUGACGCAAACCAACGGGCUUUUGAAUGGGCCCACCGUCUUGGUGACAAGGAGGCCUCAGCUCGUCUUCAGGAGGAAAGUAUCAUGACAGAACAUGAUGCUCGCCUUUCAUCAGCAAAGAUAACUCCAGUUGAUGCAAUUACUGGCAUUAUAGCCAGAAAGAAUGAGCGUCGUGACAUCCGAUUAGGUGCGGCCUUUGAAGCGGCCAAGAUGGGUGAGUUCCUGUACCUCAGUUGA